UGAGCGCGACGCGCUACGAUAUGCAGCAAGCAGCAGCAGUGGCAGGUCUUCGAGGAAUCGUCGAUAAGUGGACUGACUAGUGUCAGGUAGUAAUUCUUCUGGUUAUCACCUGCAGCAGCGGUAGCAACAGCAACAGCGGCUAUAAAGCCGUGAAACUUGGCGGUCUCAUGACCCCGUAAGGAGAGCAAUCAGACCGUCGAGUACGAAGAAUCGCGGUGAAUAUUAUACGAGAUAUUAUGAAUUCCGUAUGUAAUUCCGGUCUCGCUCGAACCAACCGGCACUCUUGGGUAUGUGUAAUAACCGAGUAAGAGAGCCCGGUAGGCACUGGGCGUCGAGUGUAGGUAAUCCGCGGAAGAGGAUCGCGCGUGUCGAAUUGGCCGUUGUGCCGACUGCCCUGACUCCAAAUGUGGUCGCGGUCGCCGAUUCACCGAGUAACGACGACGACGACGACUACGACCAGCGGCGAACCGAGACUCGACGACCUCCCGGAAAAUUUUCGCAUCAUCCGCAACCCCGGAUCACGUCACAAUCUAUAUAACACACUCGUAGUCGACUAUAGUUGACGGUGCGAAAGGUGCGUGGAGGAAAUGGUCAGCACCAGAUGGAGGAUUCGCUUCUUCGUGAAACGUUAAAGCCUCUCCGGAUACUGAAGAACAAUAAUUCGGCUCCAGGACCUCGUCGAGUACUCUGUUCUCUUGGAUUACGACAACAACGAACACAUGCGCUCGUUAUCUAGUAUAUAACAUUUAACGAGGAGACUGGAUAAGUGCGUCAGAUCCAUCCUCGCUGAAAUUGUACCGAUUGGAAAUUUGGAACGUAGUAGAAUUAACCGGUGGAAGUAGAGCAGAGCGGAUAUUAUUCUUUAUGGUUUAGUUCCUCCGGCACUGCUGCAGCUGCGAAAUCUUAUUGUGAAUGCGAAAUGAGGGGCUGGUUCGACGCAUUUCGUAGCGACGGUGGACCGACGCUGUACAGUUACAGUAACCGGACGCCAGUCAGUGGGGACGUUCACCUGAUAACGAUAUUCGUUAUAUUUUGCACGAUAUUCACGGCGUUCGUUAUCAUAUUUCCAGGAAUACGAAAGGAGAGGCUAACGACAUUCCUAACCGUAACCCUCAGCCUUUUUGUUGGAACAACGAUUCAAGUUGCUCAAUACGGAUCGACAUGGCACACAGCUUCCACAACGGUCGUCAGUUCCUACAGUGCUUUUUCAAGGGAAAAAAUGACCGCUGAGGUCGGUGGGUACAUCGGCCUGAUGCACAUCAACAUCACCUACACAGGCGGCGAGGGUCACAACGACGUCGAAUUCAACGAACGAUUUUGGUGGCGAAGUCCAACUGAGAUGUCGAAGAGCUUCAAGGAAGCCCUGCACAGAGGCGCCCCCUUCCCGAUUCUUUCGGUAGCCGAGUACUUCAGUCUUCAUCAGGAGGGUUUUUCCUGGGGCAGCCGAUACAGGGAGGCCGGGUAUUACUCGUCGAUAAUGCUGUGGACCUCCUUCGCUUCUUGGGCCAUGAUGAACCUCCUCCUGAUGGUUGUGCCUAGAUACGGAGCCUACAGCAUGGUCUGCACUGGAAUUUGCAUGCUGUUGACCAAUCUCACCUACUGGUCUCUCCUGCCGUGCGAACCUCUCGUCGCGCACGUCGAUGGAUCUAUUCUAAUUUUCAAUUUGGGAUGGAAUUACUGGCUCGUUCUAGUCGCCGGAGUCGGAUGCCUAUUCGCCGGUCUCGUGAUCGCGGCUAUCGAUCUGAUAUUUCCCCAUCAAUUUUCAACGAUCCUAGAGGUGGAUUACGACACACCGUACGAUCGUCACGUAAUUAUUGAGGAAAGUUUCGACACCAGGAACACCAGGCGAAAGUUGCCAAAAAUUGAAGACGCUUUUGGCGAACGUAUAAUGAGACAGCUUUCCCACAAGCUAGGUAACGGCAGGGAUGACACAAAGGGCGUGAUAAAUCAGGGAUACGUCGGCACCGAACAGCUGGAAUUCGCUCAACCGACCGAAGAAGAUCCGAACAAGAAUCAGAACUGGUCUUAUCCAUUUCCACCGUCGCCACGACGAACGAUUAACUAACAGAAGUUAAUCGUAGCGAUCUAUCCAAUAUUUACUAAUGCUAAUUAUGAAUUAUUUAUGCAAGUCGGUUGUGUAAAUGUAUAAUGUACAUGGAUAAAUAUAACGUAACCGUUGUAUACGGAAGAUCAAUGAAACGCCAA